AUGUCAUCAAGGCGUGUCAACGAUCUCCUCCAUAAUCUGAGAGGAGAACAAUUUCGUCACCAACAAAAUCUCCAGCGAUCACGCACGCACCUCUCACCAUUGGCUACGAACAAUACACCAACGUUGCCCAUCGACCUUGCCAAUGCUGCAUACAGGAUCUUCCCUUCUGAGCCGCCACAAUCAAAGGCGAGCGCGACACCCCAGAGUGCGUCUACAUGCCCGGGACCUAGUCCGCCUAAGUGCUGGACACUGACAACGAAACAAGAUGUCUACGAGACGCCCGUCUGGCGCGCCCAGGCUCUUGCUCUCCUUCUCUCUCAUAUCGACACGCACGCCUUAUCCUCGCCAGUCCCUCCUUUGACCUUGCUCUGUCUCCUCUUCAUCGUCUCUACAUCCACCAGCUCCGACCUGCGAACGAAUAUAGUUCCAUAUAUUCCCCAACAUCUCCGUCGAGAACUUAUUCGAUAUACCGCCGUCCAUUCUCCCCUGCCAGCGUCAAAGCUCUAUCCCAUGUUUGACCCUGAUGGGCAUGCAGACGGGGAAAUUAUUAUUAUCGGGCCACAUGCCAACCUCCGUGAUGAUUACUUUAUUCGAAACAACCGUUUAAAACAGGUUCAGAGCGAGCUAGAACAAACGGACGAAGAAUUGGAUUGGGAGGCUGACCAACCAACGAAAAAGGAUCUGCAAACACUUGUUCUUGUGUCUACUCAUCUGGCUACGUCCACGAUGUUCACACUUCCUCCAACCAUUACACACCUGGCGUUAAUCAACCUCCCUUCUUCAGUCUCACUGCAUAGAUUGCCAAAUACCUGUCCACUUAUCGUUUUCUUGGAUCUGUCCUACAACCAUUGGCUUGGUGCUGAUUCAAAAGAUGCCCUCCGUAUACUUGAACGAGUGGAAUGGAAUCGCUUCCAUCGGCUCCGUGUUCUUGCAUUCAGGGGUUAUGACCCACCCACCGAAAUUUUUGAGAAACUUAACAAAGGUAGGUGGGAUGAUCUCGAAGUUGUCCUGUAA